UUAUAUUUCCACCAAUUUUUGUACAAAUCUGUCGACUGCGUACAAGUAUCCCAAAUUAUCGCCUCACUAAAAUGCCUUUUAAGUAAAGGACUGAUAACGUUUUAUGAUAAAGUUAAUAAUUUAAAAACACUCAUUUAAGUGAAACAAGCUAAUACAAAUGGUAGACGAUGAAACUUUGCACCAGAAACUCUUUUAAACAAAAAAUGUUUGCAUAUUAACGAAGUUAUGGGAGCUACCACAACCCAAAGUCAGGACCGACCGCUUUUAAAAAUAUAUAAAUUCUGUUUUAAAGAAAAAUAACAAAUGUAUUGGUUCUGUGAUCUUGGCUUUGCAUUCCGAAAAACUUUAAAAAUCGUAAUAUUCAGUAGUACCAGCGUCGUGCAUAUCUUGAAAGAGAGGUUUUUUUUUAAUUCUCCGCAUACUAAAUUUGAAACCGUUAGAACGUUGAGAAAUAAUUAUAACGAAAACAAAGGCUACAAGUUUUCGCUUUAUGCAAAAGAGCAUCUGUUCCUAGAGAACAUGAGUCCAAAUAUAUGCUUUUAAUAUAAUGGGGAAAGACUUUUCAAAUUGAGUGCAUCACAUCCGAGUUAGAUACCAUUCUAUAAAACUAAAAACAGAAAAUUGUACAUUUAAACAUUUUUUUUUUAAACCGGAUUUCCGUUUCUUAUUGAGCCAAUAUUCAAUGUCACGCCCCAGGUGAACUUGAAAAUGUGUGUGGGCGAGCGAAUCGGAAGCGGCUGGCAAAGUUGAAGGUGGCCAAAAGUUUCAAUAAAUCGAUGCCAGCAUAAAGACGUUGCCAUGGCAAUUAAAAGUCCUUUGCAGGGCCAAACAUGUCAAAAGUAUCGCCGUAAACAAAAUAAAGCUGAUGCCACUCGCAUAGUAAAAUGGGAAUGUUGCACAAUUUGGCCGACUUGAUAAAGAUUAAAAAGGAUAAAAUGACGAUUCUGGUGCUGGGACUAAACAACAGCGGAAAGUCCUCGAUAAUCAAUCAUUUUAAGAAAUCCAGCGAACAGGCUUCCAUCGUGGUGCCCACAGUUGGCUUUAUGGUGGAGCAGUUUUAUAGCAUGUCUGGUGUUUCCAUAAAGGCAAUUGAUAUGUCGGGAGCCACACGAUACCGGAACCUCUGGGAGCACCAGUUUAAGAACUGUCAUGGAAUAAUAUAUGUGAUUGAUUCCAGCGAUCGCAUGAGAUUCGUGGUGGUGAAAGAUGAGCUGGAUCUCGUGCUACAGCAUCCCGACUUGUGCAACCGUAUUGUGCCAAUUCUGUUUUAUGGAAAUAAAAUGGACAUGGAGGAUUCCCUGUCAAGUGUUAAAAUUGCAGCAGCUCUUAGAUUGGAAAACAUCAAGGAGAAACCCUGGCACAUCUGCUCCAGCAGUGCCGUAUCCGGCGAAGGUCUUGGCGAGGGUGUCCAAUGGCUUAUCCAGCAAAUGCGUUUCGCCAUGUUAAACAACAAAAAUGCCGCCAAAUCCAGGUCCAAGCACUCCAAGUAGUUUUAAAUUAACACCCACUUUUCUUGAUGUUUAAUAAAAAGCCAUGUUAU